UGUAUUCGGGUUGGAUUUAAUUAAUUUUGAUAGCUUACAAAAUAUUGAAUUAGACACCUAUUUCAUAAUAUAUGUAUAUAUAUAUAUAUAUCAUACACAGAAAAUACUUAACAAAAACAAAAAGUGGCGAAAAAAAAAGUUUGGAACAACUAAAGUAAUUGUGGAUUUGCUUUUGUUUAUGCAUGACAACGUACACCUCUCUCUAUAUAUAUACAUACCUACAUAGUAUAAAAUUUGUAUGCAUUAACAUGGAUCACAUAAACAUUUGUCGUGCCCCACAAGUGAUAUAUACUCAUAAAUAUAAAAGCGUCGACGAAAACGAUCUCGAUCCGGAUGAAGGAAAUGAAAAUUUGUGCCAUGCUUGCACACUGCCCAUCUUCUCGACGCCUUACAAGAGAUAUAGAGACUAUAUCUUCCAUGAAUGUUGCUGGAAAAUACCCGAGGUUUUAACAGACCAUCCUCUGCAUCUUAAGGUACCCCUCCAGUUGUAUACUCUGAAUCGUAUGGUACCCUUCCAGUUUUAUAAGUGCAAUACUGCUAGUGGUUGUGUCAUAUGUACCCAAUGCAAAAAGAUGUGUAAUGGCUCCUUCUAUCAAUGUCAUCAAGGUUCGUGUGGUUUCACAAUAGAUUUAAUAUGUGCUAGAUUAGUCGUCGAUAUUUUACACAGAAGUCAUAAGCACACAUUGGUCCCUUUUCGAAGUAGAUCAGCUUUGAUCACUUGCGAAGCUUGUGAAUCUGUGGGCAAUGGUGAGUUCUAUUGGUGUAGCUUGUGUGACUUCUAUAUUCAUCAGAGUUGCGCCUUGUUGCACAACAAUAUUCGGCAUGAGAAGCAUAAACAACAUUCUCUCACUCUUACCUACCAUCUUCCGCAAGAUUCUCUGAAAAAGAUAAAGUGUGUUGAGUGUUCACUUUGCCACGGAAAGUUAUCGAAGAAUUCCGGAGUAUAUAUUUGCACAAGGUGCGACUUUGCCGCUCACAUCAAGUGUGCGAUUUCAGAAGAACACGGUGGCUUUGAACAUGUGCCGAUCCGAGAAGCAGUUGGCGGGCUAAUUCAUUUUCCAAUGAUGGAUGAACAUAAAAGUGCAAUGCAGUAUAUGAGGAUGGACAACAAUGGCGGCAGCAGCAACGAAAACAACAAUGAGAAGAAUAUUGUAGCAAUUGACAAUAUACAUGAUCAUUCUUUGAUCCUUCAUGAGGAUUAUUUAGAGGGGUCGUCGUCGUCUUCAUCCCGCUAUUUGUGCGACGCAUGUGUCGAACCCAUUUCGGGGCCAUUCUACAGCUGCUCCGAAUGCCCUGAUUUUUAUCUCCACAAAUGCUGCGCUAAUCUGCCGCCAUUCUUGCAUAUACCGCAUCCAUAUUGCAGUGGAUCCAGCUGGACUUUCAUGCCAAAAAGAAGACUAUCGAAUGUUUUUCCUAAUAGGUUCUUUUGUCACGGCUGCUGCAAAAUGAGCAACGGAUUUGCCUAUCAAUGCAAUGAAUGUCAGAGAAUAUUAGAUUUGAGUUGUGCUCUCAUGCCGGAGAUCAUAACUCACGAAGCACAUGGAAAGUCGCAUAUUCUAUUUCUCUCACGCGGUUCCUUUUAUAACAAGUAUAGCACGACUUAUUCCUUGUAUAAUUUAUACUAUGGAUGCGGCAGCUGUCAUAAUUGCAAGCUAGAUGUCCGUAAUGCUCUGUUACCAUCGACGGUAGAGCACAAGCUCGACAGGCAUCCAUUGAAGCUCAUGUACUCAUCAUCCUCUGCGUCAAUCUCCAGCCUCGAAGAUGAUGACAAAUUCUGCGAGAUUUGCGAAGAUGGCGUGGACACUCAAGAUUCUUUUUAUCACUGCGAAAAAUGCGUCACAUUGUUCCACACCAGAUGCAUUCCUCGUGUUGGUGAUCGAUUGUCCAAGUUUAAAUUUGGAGGGAGUGUCCGUGUCGGGUGCCACAGUUGUCCGCUAACUUCUUUUCAACUGCUCACCAGUUACAGCUACACAUGCGGGCUUUGCAACUAUACCAUUGAAGGUCGAAGAGAAGGUGUAGCAUUAGAAUGCAAGAAAUGCUGCUACUGGUUGCACGUCGAUUGUGCUGAAAGAGAAAGGUUUAGGGAUUUUAACUGGUCGUGGAUAUCAUUGGAUAUCUAAUAAUGUUAUAAUAUUAUGUAAAAAUAUAUGUUGAUUAUUUUUAUGUGAUAUACUGAUUGAAUCCAUUGAUCCAAAAUUUAGAAGGAAAAAAAAUAUA